AUGGCAAACAUGAAGCCAAUAUAUACAGAGCCCACCAAAACCACCAACUUGGUCGAUCGCAUUGCUCAGUCUUCGGCAGGCCUCAAAUUGAAGACUGAACCACCGGCAACAAGUGCUCCAGAAGAUCUCGCUAAUGCGCAAGCGAAGGAGCAACACAAGAACAUCGACGGAACUCCUGAGAAUUGGCGCUUCACGGUGCCAGUGCUUUUCCGAAGAACGCAUUCUUCGUCCAAGAUUCUAAAGCAACCACAAACAGACUCCGGAGCAAGCUUAGAGCAGAACGUCAACCUUCCUGUCAAUCAAUUCCGAGGGAGCAGCUUGCAAAGAGCCCACAGCAAAUUUUCGUCAUUCACGCGGAGGAUAUCAAAGCGUCUGCGUUCUUUGAGUCCUAGGUCUCCUCUGUGGAAGUCACCAGAUGAGAAAGUAUCAACUCUAGAUCGUCCUUCUGAGUGGCCUGAUAUGACCGAACUGGACUAUUUGAGACGGAAAAACCUGGCUGAAGCACGUCGUGCAGAGGUCUACGCUGAGGGUGUUCUCGAGUUAGAGUCUGCUGCUACAAAUAGUGGUCCACCACGGGCUCAUCACGAGCGUGUACAAUCAGCCCCAGCCAUUGUCCAGCAGCAUUCGAAUUCUUCCAAGCCGCUUAGCUCCGGCAUGCGAAUCCGCUCUUUCGAGGCCCUGUCCUUCCUCCCAAGAUCGCCUGAAGACUAUUCUGAGUACGAUUUUCCAGAUGUGGAAUAUCUCAUUCGAUUGGAUCAACCGGAGAAGUUGAUGUAUGCCCUGAAUGAGAUCAUUGAUCAUGAAGAGAAGUGCAAUCCAAUGAGCGGACUUUGCGAUCACAAGUAUAAGUCCCGCUCCGAGGAAAUCAGAUAUGUGGAACUCGAUGACGAGCACGAGGACGGACAAUGGUUCCCAACCAUCGAGGAGGCUUGGGCAACAUGUCGCCCUAAGGCGGAAGAGGAGGAGGAUUCUCUAAAGUAG